UAAGGCACAUGAGAGGAAUUCCUAGCAUUUAUAACACAGAGAUCCUCUCUUCUACACUACAGUGAAUUCAAUCUUUCAUUGCCAAGUCUGUCAGUCACCAAACAGUUUACCAUUAAAUUGUUCUCUGACAGUCUGUUUUUCUAACAGAUUUUGGGAUUAUAAGCUAUUACUGGAUAUAUUCUGCUGGAGUUUGUAUUUGUGCAUAUGCAGUGUCAUAACAAUAAUGCAGAUAUUAUUUCUAUUCUGUAAACUGGAGUUCUUGUUUUACUAAUAAUUACCCAACAAUCGAAAGUUUGCAUCACACGUUAAAAUAAUCUGCGAUAGGAUUUUUUAUACUGUUGGCGUCUAUAAUACGUCGGUGAUGAAUGGAAUAUUAAAUUGAACACUAUUUUAUUAUUUGAACACAGGCUGAGAAUCAGGAUUUUGUAGAUACGCCCUACGACUACUCGGCAGACGAGAUGGAUGUGGAAGUUGACAGCGACCAGGAGCAAGAUUUGGACAAGAUGCUCCAUUCCUGGCUCGGAGAACUGGAAAGCGUCACACAGAGUUUGGACAGUGACCUUAUUCAGGUCAAACCAGAUGUCCCACAAGCUCCAGCUCCACCAAAGAACAAUCUAGAUCUGUUCCAAUUAUCAUACACCAAUCUUGAAACAGCUACAGGACCGUUUUCAUGCACCUCGUCAAGACUAGAAGAAACACAAGAUAUUGACCUUGAUGCACUUCUUGGUGACCUUUGUGAAAUGGAACAGACUUUACAGAUGGAUAUGGAUGUUCAGGCCAAUAAAGGCAGCACAAACAAUGAGACAAUUACUACAAAUGCUCCUCAAAGUAACAUCAGUGACACCAACUUGUUGACGUCAUCAAUAGAUUUCACAACACCGUCAAUAGAUUCCACAGAAUCAGAUUUUAAUACGGACAUGCCACCCCCACCCCCAACGCAAAGUGCGGUGGGUGACUUUAACGUUCUACCUAUGGACGAUCUCCCACCUCCACCGCCUGAUAUGUUACCACCGCCUGAUAUGUUACCACCGCCUGAUAUGUUACUACCGCCACCUGGAAAAGUAGUCACCUCAUUGGAGGCCUCGUUGGAGGAUCUUACUGCAAGUAUUCCACAGUUUCCUAUUGAGAUCACUACAGAACCGGCAUCCCCUGGAAACUUUGGGGUACCUAGCCCUCCUACUGAUGAUGUUAAGAAGACAACAAAGAUGAAUGGAACAAUGCCCCCAUCUAAUUUAAAUUUAAAUCUUGGUGUCGGUCAUUCCCAGCAAUCUAUGUCUUCCUUAUCUACCUCGCCAAAUUUCUCGCCUCCACCAGCUAAUAUUUCAAAAAGUGUUCGUGUGAAACUUAAAGAUCUUGAGUUGGACCUCCACAAUGACGAGACGCUGAGUGAGGAGGAAAAAGUGGCACGUAUAAAAGCUGAAAAAGUACGAAUAGCACUUGAAAAGCUCAAGGCGGCUAGAGUGAAAAAGUUAAUAAUCAAAGUACACACAGAUGAUGGCAGCUCCAAAACAGUAUUCGUUGACGAAACCAUGAACACACGCAACAUCGUUCAGAUGAUGAUUGAAAAAAACCACUUUGAAGGGGGACCUAACUGGGCACUUGUUGAACAGAUGCCAGAUCUUUAUAUGGAAAGACUUUUAGAAGAUGAUGAGAAUGUGGUGACAGACGUGCUAUUAAAUUGGGCCCGCGAUACCAACAACAGGAUUAUGUUCUCAGAAAGACGCGAGAAAUAUGCAUUGUUCAAAAAUCCUCAGCAUUAUCUAUUGUCUCUCAACACAUCACAAUUUGCAACUGAAUUUGCAGAAAAGUCAAAAAAGACAUUAGUAGAUGAGUUCUUCCUUGGGUCCGGAACUAGGGUGCCGGAGCUUGAGGGUCCUUUGCUCCUUAAAUCAGAAGGCAAGAAGUCCUGGAAGAAACAUUAUUUUGUUUUGCGCGCAUCUGGUCUGUAUUACUCACCGAAAGGUAAAUCAAAGGUUUCUAAAGAUCUUGUGUGUCUAGUGCAAUUUGAACAUGUUGAAGUCUACAGUGGAGUUGGAUGGAAAAAGAAAUACAAGUCUCCAACAGAUUUUUGCUUUGCUUUAAAACAUCCACAAAUACAGCAGAAAUCCAAGUAUAUUAAGUACAUUUGUGCAGAAGACUACAGAACUUGUCAAAGGUGGAUGACUGGUAUCAGAAUUGCAAAGUAUGGAAAAAACUUACUGAAAAACUUUGAAGAGAGUCAGCGAGAUAUGCAUAAAUUCAUGAAAAAUCAGGACACAGCUUCCGAGACGAGUCUUGGUGAUACAUCCAGCUUAUCAAGCGACCAAUCAAUUGCCACUGUCAGCUCUCAAGGCUCUGCCUCUUCUGGAGGAUCUGGAAUCCAAUCAAGAAUUAAUCGACGAUCUCAAAUGGGAGAUAUCUUCUCUCAAGCAUGGAAGAAAGGCAAAGAAGUGGAAGAGACAAAGAGAAUAUCAAGGAAUUCCAUGAAUAUGUCUACAGAAGAGGAUGAUAAAGGGCAUACAAGACCACCUCUGGUGACACCAAAGGUGGUGAAGUCAAAUGGUGAAACGUUUGACUUUGAUGUCCAGCAACAGCUUCUGCAGCUCGAACGGGAUAUGGAACUUGACCUGAACCUCCAGGAUAUACAACCACCUUCUAAUGUAAGUGCCUCUUCGCAAAAUGUAGCUAAGUCGAACACACCUGCAGACUUAAACAACCAGCCUCUCCAUGGACAAAACAAAUCCGCUCCUGUACCCCCUAGACGCAUGGACAGCACUCGGCUUAGCACAUACUCAAACCGAAGCUCAUCUUUUAGUGAAAGUCGUAGUUCAAGCGAAACAAAACGAGUACAGUUUAAAGAAUCCACUGAAGAGAUAACAUCACCCCAUACCGCCCGAGCAGCGCAUCGUAAAUCAGCUAGUGGAGUAGAGCUACCUAACUCACCUAAUAUUACUGCAAACUCACAGCGUAGCUCAUUGAAAAUGUCCCGUUCAUCAACUAACCAAAGCUUCACUAGUCCACAUGACAGACGACCUAGUCUUCCACUAGCUAACACGGUGUACACACCACCUUGGUUACAGACGUCUGUAGCAGCAGAAACUAGUACUAACACCUCAUCCCAUGCAUUUCAUUCUGAACAUGAACAGAUACCCGUACCAGUACCUAAGCCAACAAUGUCCACUUCCCUCCCUCCAAAAAAGCUAAAUCAAGAAAAUUAUUCUGGUCCGUCAACAGUGUCUUCAUCAGUUUCUGUCCUGCCUUUUCAACCUCCAAAACAAUCAACUCACCCUCUCCCACCCAAGGUCACUUCUCUAAAGACAGUUGUCCCAAUGCAACCAGCACCUGAGCUCCCCAUGUCACAAACUUCAACAUCACCAAAAUCUCCUUCUCAACAAAAGGAACCUCCUUCCCCUAAAAAGAAACCUCCUUCACCACAAAAGAAACCUCCAUUGCCUCAAAAUAAACCUCCUUCCCCACAAAAUAAACCUCCUCCAAGUCCCCCACCAGCCCCACCAAAUCCUUCAGUACAACUACCUGAUCCUCCAGCCAAUCCGCCGUCCAUGUCAAAUCUUUCAUCAACUCGUUCUGCAUCCCCCAUGUAUGACUUUCCACCACCCCCACCAUCACUUCUGCAAAGUUUAUCACAAGAAAAUCUUCUUAUUUCAACACCAUCAUUGCCACCUCCUCCACCUGAACCAGUUGAUGACAUUACAUUUCAAAAUUCAAGAUUUCCCACUAUGACUUCAUGCCCAAGUCCCACGAGUAGAGAGCCUCCGUUAGUAAGUCAAAAACCAAGCAAAGGCACUAAUUAUCAGCCACAUAAUGGUUUAUUACCAAAUAACCCAAACACUUUACCAGUAUCUCCUAAACCAAGCAAGACGAUAUCUCCUGUAUCUACACCACUACCACCACCAACAACUCAACCGAAACCAUCCCAAUCAAAAAAAGGAAGACCGCCAUCACCACCAAAACCAUGCCCUACACCGUCACCACCCCAAAUUCCUUUAAAGGCAACUCCACCAGUUACAUCACCAAAACCAUUAAAAGGCGGCUCCCUACGCAUUACACAUGCCCCGUUCCUAGAACAACUUAACAAUUCAUUACAAGGUACUGACAAUCAAAUACCACACCAACCUACCCAAGGCAAACCAGCAGUAGUAACAAGAAAGUCUAAACCAUUACCCCCAAGGCGAAGUGAAUCUACUCGUUUGUCCACAGCUGGUACUCCUACAGUUUUCCCUUCCCAUCCACAAAGAUUAAAAUAGAUUGUCUCCUGUAGUUAACUACUUAGAAAAUAGUCAUAAAACUUUCAUUCAAUUUUACAUUUUAUUUUGUUAACAUGCUAACAGUAGUUUCCAGUAAGUUGCUGGAGAGCAUUCCAUUGGCAUAAACCUUCAUUCUAUGUUUUUAGUCUCAGAUAUCAUUCAUUCAUUAUCAUUAGUCAUUUGAGCACAUACUAAAAUCUGGUCAAAAGCCUUUUUACUUAGAUUAAUAUUUCAACUAACAAAAGUAAGCAAACUUUUCAUGGAACUUUAGCUCAAAUAAUGUGUUUUAUUUCAGUAAUUUUGUGAUUGUUUCAAUAUGGAUUGGUAAAAUCUAAGUGACAACUACAAUUCUAAAGUGUGUAAAUAAGUUGAAGAAUUUGUGAAAACAGUUGAAAUUUAAAAACGGCUGCACCAUGAUAUGGCAAUAACAUUAUACAAGAAACAAUAAUGAAUGAUUUUUUAACAAAAAAUUGCAAAUGAAUAGGAGAACAUAAUAAUAAGUUUAGAAAGUAUAACUUUCAUUGAUUGGCCCACAGAUAGUCUACAGAUCUGUGAUUCAGUAUAGAGGUUUUUUAUAGCAAUUAAUAUUACAUAGAUGAAUCAGCAUAUAUCUGAAAUAUAUUUGUAUCAUAUUGGAUUCUAAGAUAGAAUGCUUAACAGGAUUAAGUUACUGUAAAUAUGUAAAUAGAUCCUUUUUCCAAAAAACUUUUUUUAUUGAAUUGAAUGCUGAGAGAAAAAGUGAAUUAAUAAUGAUUAGUAAUAUAUCAGAUGUUUGUAUGCAAGCUGUUUUAUUGUAUCAACAUUCUAUCUGAAUGCUUUUCUUAAGUUUUAUCUGGAGAGAAGUGCUAAAAAAAUGGUAUUGACCAGCUCCAUACAUCGCAAUUUUGAACUGAAACAUGGUCAUAAAGAGGAGUGAACCAAACCUUUUUAUAGUGCUAGAAAACAAGCACUUGACUAUAUAAACACCAUUCUGAUAUGUUUAGCGAUUAAAGGGGGAAUGCUUUCAUAUCUUUGCAAUCUAACAUUUUUUGCCAAAUUUAAAAUCUGCUUAAAAUUUUUUGCAAUUCCAGAAUUUGUGCCAAAAUCUGAUCUAAAAGAUCUUAAGCUUCUAUUUUGAUAAUUGUCUAUAAUGUAAUUAAAAUGUGUAAUGUAUUAAAUUUUGUAGAGAUAUUUUAUACAGUAUAACCAAAAUAUAUAACUAGAGCAUCUUGAUAACAAUGUUUUGUUAGAUAGUUGUAACCAGUGCAUGAAAUUUGUGGAAUAAAAUGCAUGGUAUAGUAUAUUAUCUUUUUUAAAAGAUAUAUGUAUGAAUAUGUUAAAGUGGAUGUGUGGAAUAUGAUAUACUGUCUGUAGCCGAAUUUACAAUAACUGGGCGUGUUACACAUCCUGCGUGUAUGCGUGUCCCAAGGUACAUUAAGUGGACAAGUUAAACACUAACAUGUGUGUGUACCACCAGGAAGGAAAUAUAUCCCUCCAUGGUACCACUAUGUACAAAGAGGGCGAGUAUAUAUCAUUUAAAAAUAUGCAUUUUAUUUGUUGUUUAAUAAGCAGAAAAUUACAUGUUUAUUUGACGAAAUGUGGUAGUCAAGGAAUGAAUAACUAAAAUAAUUUUUAUUGCUUUUAUUAUUUAUGUUGUUAAUAUUAUUUUCUUUAUAGAUAUAUUUAUAGUUGGAUUAUACAAAGAAGUCAGUAACAGUGUUAUUGAAUCACAACUAUUCGAUUGAAUUUAAAUACUUGCAGGUUGAUUUUAAUUAUAAUUAUAACCAAAUUAAUAUAUAAAUUAUACAUUUAAAUA